UGUAUCAUGAUUAUCUAACCUCAAAUUUCAAUAGUAAAGAAUGUUUUUAAAUAAAGGAAGAAAUAUAUUAUUGCUAUCCAAAACUAUAUUAAAAAGUAAUAAUCGCCUAUGUAGUUAUGAGAAGGGUAUUAUUCUUGGAAUAGAAACAUCCUGUGAUGAUACCGGUUGCGCAAUUGUUGACACAGACGGUAAUAUUCUAGGAGAGGCACUCAACUCUCAAAAUUUAAUUCAUUUAAAUAAUGGAGGAAUAAUUCCUCCUAUUGCACAAGAUUUGCAUAGAAAUAAUAUAGAAAAUGUAGUCAAUGAAGCUAUUAAAGCUGCUAAUGUAUCAAUUAAAGAUGUAAAUGCCAUAGCCACAACUGUAAAACCUGGUAUGCCUCUGUCCCUUACGAUUGGUAUGAAGUACGGAAAACACUUGUGCAGAUUACAUAAUAAACCUUUUAUGCCUAUUCAUCACAUGGAAGCGCACGCCCUUACAGCAAGAAUGCAUGAUAAAAAUAUCCAAUUUCCAUUUUUAGUAUUACUAAUCAGCGGCGGACAUUGUUUAAUUGCCGUUGCACAAUCGACUGAUAAAUUUUUACUACUAGGACAGAGUAUGGAUGACGCUCCGGGCGAAGCAUUUGAUAAGGUGGCUAGAAGAAUGAAAUUGAAAAAUUUACCGGAAUAUUCAACGUUAUCUGGAGGUCAAGCUGUCGAAUUGGCAGCUUCCAAAGCUGACAACCCUUUAGCUUACAAAUUCACAAUACCACUUUUGAUGUAUAAAAAUUGCAAUUUCAGUUUCUCUGGAAUAAAAAAUCAGUUACAAUACCAACUUCAGAAAGAAGAAAAGCAAAAAGAUGUUCCAGCAGAUGGGGUGAUCCCAGGUGUUUACAAUAUAUGUGCUGGCUUCCAAUUGGUCGUAACAAGACAUAUUUGUCAUAGAGUACAAAGAGCUAUGGAAUAUGUAUUUAGAAAAAAUUUGAUACCACCGGAUAAACAGACUUUGGUGGUUUCCGGAGGUGCUGCUUGUAAUAAUUUCAUUACUAAAGGUCUCAAUAUAGUUUGUAGCGAAUUAGGUUAUAAAAUCGUGAGACCACCGCCAAAACUUUGUACUGAUAAUGGUGUAAUGAUCGCUUGGAAUGGCGUUGAAAGAUGGAAGGAAAAAAUAGGCAUAUAUACAGAUUUUGAACAUAUCGAUAUUGAGAAAGAUGCGAUUAUCGGUGAAAGUUUAAUAGAAGACGUAGAAAACGAACAAAUUAGUUGUAAGUGGAUAAAAUUAACAAAACUGAAUUAUCCACAAAGCAAAUGGGACGAUGUUUAGUGAAAAUAACUUUAUAUAUAUUUAUAUAUUAUUUAUUAUUAUAUAAUAUAUAAUUUUUUCAUUUAAAACU